CGUAAUGUCUGCUGUGUGGAACAGAUCUGCGGGAUCAGUUUGGUGUUAUUUAGUGUGACGUGGAAAUAUGUAUAUUCAGACAUGAAGCAAACAAGUUUAUUUAACACGAGGGCAUUUAGCCUGUUCCGUGCCUUUGUUAUACCUGUCAUUUUGAUUUUGUAUUGUUAUGCUGUCGAUGCACAAAAAGUGGACACAAAUUUAAAACAUCAAUGUGAGACCAUAAACUGUUUAUUUGGUGAAGUACCUUUCGUUCAGUCUGUGGCAACAGAGACUAGUGUGGUGCGGAAAAGGGAAACUGGUGAUGAGAAGGACGGUAAUGUGAAGCCGGCAGUGUCUGAGGCAAAAACGGAGAACGACAAAAAUUCUGUUUCAGGAGAUACGCUACUUAAAAGCUCAAAUGGCACUAAAACCUCGAACGCUACUUCGACAGAGGGACCACCAAAUGCAAAUGUCAGUAUGCCGCCGAUGCCACCCAUGCAAGCACCAACGAAUGCAACUAAUGUGACGGUUAGUUCCACAGAGUCGCCUGGUGAACCUGUUCUCCCGGACAAAGGUUCUGCAGAGGAAGAACACAACAGCUCAAUGUCAAUAUUUUUUGUGCUUUGCGUGCUAGCUUUAGGUAUUUUAUUGAUUCAUUUUAUGUUGCAAUUCAACUUCCAGUACUUACCAGAAAGUGUCGCUAUUGUAUUUCUUGGGGCAUUGAUAGGCCUUAUAAUCAAUCUGAUGUCAAAUCAAAACAUUGCAAACUGGAGAAAAGAAGAAGCAUUUUCACCAACUGCUUUCUUUUUAGUUUUACUUCCUCCAAUUAUAUUUGAAUCAGGAUACAAUUUGCACAAAGGAAAUUUCUUUCAAAACAUAGGUUCCAUUCUUGUUUUUGCAAUAUUUGGUACUACUAUAUCUGCACUUGUUAUUGGUGCAGGAGUCUAUUUGCUCGGACUAGCAGAAGUGGCGUACCGUCUGAGCUUUGUUGAAAGCUUUGCAUUUGGAUCUUUAAUAUCAGCUGUGGAUCCUGUGGCAACCGUAGCAAUUUUCCAUGCACUGGAUGUGGAUCCUGUUCUUAACAUGUUGGUUUUUGGUGAAAGUAUUCUGAAUGAUGCUGUAGCCAUUGUGUUAACAACAUCAAUUUUGGAAUCAAAUAAUCCAGCAAUGACAUCAUCAGAAGCUGUCCUAACAGGAAUCAACAGAUUUUGUUUGAUGUUCUUUGCAUCUGCAGGAAUAGGUGUCGUGUUUGCACUUGUGAGUGCUCUACUCUUGAAGCAUAUUGAUUUACGGAAGAACCCAUCUCUUGAGUUUGGAAUGAUGUUGGUUUUUACUUAUGCACCAUAUGCUCUUGCUGAAGGAAUUCACUUGUCAGGUAUAAUGGCAAUACUGUUCUGUGGGAUUGUUAUGUCACAUUACACCCACUACAAUUUGUCCACUGUGACUCAGAUAACAAUGCAGCAAACCAUGCGCACAUUGGCUUUCAUUGCAGAAACAUGUGUAUUUGCUUACCUGGGUCUUGCAUUAUUCAGCUUCAGACACCGUGUUGAGCCUGCACUUGUUGUCUGGAGCAUAGUGCUUUGCCUUGUUGGACGAGCUUGUAAUAUUUUUCCCCUGGCUGUAUUGUGCAAUCGUUUCCGUGAACAUCAGAUCACGAAGAAGAUGAUGUUCAUUAUGUGGUUCAGUGGUCUACGUGGUGCAAUUGCAUAUGCACUUUCAUUGCAUUUGCAGUUCAGUGAUGAGACUAGACAUGUUAUUGUGACGACUACUCUCAUUAUAGUGCUCUUUACAACACUUGUCUUUGGAGGAUCAACUAUGCCUCUAAUGAAGUUACUACUUGCCAGUAAGAAGGGUCGAAGCCGUCGUCGACGCCGUGAAAAAGAAAUUACUUUGAGCAAAACAAGAGAAUGGGGGCAAACAAUUGAUUCAGAACAUUUAUCUGAAUACACAGAAGAAGAGAUGGAAGUUAGCUUCAUUCAGUCUAGGAUAAAGGGGUUUGCAAAAUGUGACAUAAAAUAUUUUAUUCCAUUUUUCACUCGCAGAUUCACUCAACAGGAGCUGAAGGACUGCAAAAGUCAAAUGACAGAUUUAACAAAUCAGUGGUAUCAAGCAAUUCGUAUAUCGCCCACAGAAACAGAUGAUGAAUCUACUACGGCAUCACGGCAGUAAAAUUUCCUGUAUAAUGCCAUCAUAAUUGUAUUUCUUGUAUAUAUAAAACAGAAAUUCCAUACAGAAGCAGAUUUUUAUUUAGCAGAAACUGAUAGGCAUUGAACACUGUGCAAUGAGAGAGUAAAGUUGUCACUUUUCCCGAGUUCUAUGAAUUACUUUCUUUGUUUUUCACAUUGUCAGAGUAGAACUUGGUCCCACCUGAACACAGUUUUCUGAAGCUGAAUAGACUUUUCAGUACUCUUUUAUUGUAAGUUCUUUUUUGUGAUUGUUGAUAGUUACCAGAAAGUGAAUGUUUUUUGUGUUGUUCAGUGUUUUAUUUAUAUCUAUGUGACUGAAAUGCUUAAGAUAAAAUUUCUGUCUAUGGUGUUAUAUAUGAACAAGUAUUAGUGCCACGUGACCAUGGAUUCUGCACCUUGUUUUAUAAUACAUCACUAAUUGCAGAAAGUGAUACCAUUAAUUUGGUUCAGAUCAUACAAGGAAAUUCCUUUUCUGGAUGUGUAACAAAUCUGCUCCCACUUGUUUUCGAAAAUCUCAUUAUUUAUUUUCUUUUGUGAGACAAGAUUUACAAAUCUGUGUGGAUGAAAUAUUACUAUGAAUCUUUCAAGAAAAUAAACUGAAGUAACCGACAUUGUUAAAGCUCAAACAAUCGUGCUAAAAUGUGGGAACCAUUCAGUGUACAGUAUCUUCAUCUUUUUACUUUACACAUUUUUUGCUAAACAGAUGUCUCACAAUCUGAUUCAUCUCUUUGACACUUGAGAGUAAACUCUAAAAAAACUGAAGAGCAUUACUGACCACAAAUAAAUUUUCUCCAGUUCUUAGUAAACAUCUCUUUGAAAAUUCAGUCUAAACCAUUGUCUUUCUAGUAAAUUAAUUACUGUAACUAAACCAACCAAACAAAAUAUCCCUUUUGUUUAACCAGCCACAUACAACUUUCAUUGAUUAUGGGCUCACUUGUAAUUGUGUUCCAAAUGGAUCAUUACAUGAAGUCAAAAAAUCAAACAAUGGAAAGUCCAGGACAGGAAAAUAACUAUGUGGAAAGGAUAGAUUGCUAGUCACCACAUAGAGGAGGUAUUGAGUCAGACAGGCACAAUAAAAUAGAAUGCUAGAAAUAUUCUAGCAUCUUUUUUCACUUGCCUGUCUGUGACUCAGUGCUACCUCUAUGUGAUGAGUAGGAAUCUAUCCUUUCCACAUUGCUGUUACCAUCUAAAAAGCAUAGUUGUAUUUACAUUUUUGAAAGACAGAUAGCUCAAUCUUCAGAAAUGUUACUGUGCCACAAAGAAUGCCUUCAGAUCAGAGACACAGAUAUUUGUUUUCAAAUACUUUAGCAGAACAAGAAGCUCAGAUUGAAACUACUAUGCAAACACUGAAAUUAAGAUGGUGCACAGGCAUAAUAUUUACAGCAAAAAUUCUGCGAUUGACAUGUUUACAUCAGACAUGUUAAAUUUCUUACAAUGAGUGUCACUUAGGUAUAAAACAUGAUUGCAGUAUUUAUGAACAUGUGUUUUUGUAAGAACCUUAUGAAGUACUUAAAAAGAAUAUUUAUGUUUAUCUAGGUCUAGUAGUUUUAAGAAAAGCAGAGAGACAUGUUGUAAUUUACCAAUAUUUGCUACAACAAAAGUGUGAUAUGAAAGAUCUGUACAAUCUUCUUGCUUCUGUAGAGUGUAGCUAUUUUCAUAUGUGAAGUGUGCAGUCAUUUUUAGUACUGUAAAUGUAUUGAGUUUUGUAAUUGCUUUGUAGGAAGUAGGCAAGGAAGCACGCCUUUAAUAGAUUACUGCAGGUAUUUUAUUAAUUAUAGUGCCUAUAAUUCAGUCUGUGAUGUCUUGUGCGCACAUAUUAAUAUGAGAAGCUAAAUGUGAAUUGAGGGACCAUGAUUUCAACUUUAUUACCUUUUCUUAAAAUAAGUAAAUGGAUUAUCAAACUGUUAUAUGUAACUAUAUGCAAAUGUUGUUGUUUCUAUGUCAACAUAUUGGCCAAAGUAUAAGUAAAUGUUAUCAAAACAAAAUUCUCUGUCAAGUCUAAUACCAUGAAAUUAAUGAACAGUAUUUGUAACUGCUGUCCGUCACAUAUGGCCAGUAGAUAACAAACUAUAUACUAUUGUAUCUCAGGCUGCUGCUGCUUAGUGUCAUUUGCUAGGUGACUAAAUUAUAUCUGUGUGAACAUAUACAAAUUUAUUUGAUAAUAAAGUAAAUAAUUAAUUAAAAAUACAUAGAAGAUAUAGAAAAUAAGUAGACAAAAUAUUAUCUCUCUCUCUCUCUCUCUCUCUCUCUCUCUCUCUCUCUCUCUCUCUCUCUUUCGUUCCCUGGAAUCCAGUAUGUACAUAAAAUAGCAAAAGGUAAUGGAAGAAAGGAUAAGCCACCCUGGCAACAAGAAGAGUUAGCAGGUAGUAAGAUGAUUUGUUGCCUCUUUUUGUAGCUCCAUAUUUACAGUUGUUGUAACUCAAACUGUUACCAUAAAUAGUUGAAGGAUUUUAUUAGGUAAAUAGUACAUAUGGUUCGUAUCAGAAACCCACCUCAAUUUACAACUGAAUAAGUUUUGGGAAAUGACAAAGAAGUAAUCAAAUUGUUUCCCAGAAUAUGUCACCAAAAAUUUUCUCACAUGGUGUAAUUAACUGAACUUCAUAGGCUAAGACCAUAGUAGCAGACUGUUUGUCACACUGCAAUAAAUAAUAGCUUUGUAUCCGAUUUUCAGUACUUACUUAUUUUGUCAGUGCUGUAACUCCUAUUCAACCACUAUCACUUCCUCCUCAAGAGCAUGAGCAUUCAGCUUGUAUGAUGUGGAGCAAUAGUUGCACAGUUCACCCAAGACAGGAUAAUGAAAUGUUACUAAUUCAAAAUGAGUUGGGCCCUAGAGAUCAUUCAUUCCUAAGAUUAAUUGUAUCAAAGGAAAAUUCAAUCGAAACCUUCAACAUUUGAAAUGUAUAGUACUGCAUUUUGAUACAUAUGAAAGUGAUAAACUUUCUAGCUUUUGAAACUAAUAGUUCCUUUCUUGUGUAGAAGAGUUGGAUAGGCCAGGAAUUUUUGUUGGGGGGGGGGGGUGUCCCUACCAUAAAAUAUAAAGAAUCAAUUAGUCACAAUAUGAAUUCAAAAUAUACUGUCAUCUGAUCAGUGAAUAACUGUUUUGUAGAAGGUUUAAAAAUUUCUACAGUAUCAACACUCAUUACCUAGUAUUAUGCAGUGUCUAUAUGCUGUUAUAAAAUGUAUCUAAAAACAAAGAUGAUGUAACUUACCAAACGAAAGCGCUGGCAUGUUGAUAGACACACAAACAUACACACAAAAUUCAAGCUUUCGCAACCAACGGUUGCUUCGUCAGGAAAGAGAGAAGGAGAGGGAAAGACGAAAGGAUGUGGGUUUUAAGGGAGAGGGUAAGGAGUCAUUCCAAUCCUGGGAGUGGAAAGACUUACCUUAGGGGGGAAAGAAAGGACAGGUAUACACUCUCGCGCGCACACAUAUCCAUGGAUGUGUGUGUGUGUGUAUACCUGUCCUUUUUUCCCCCUAAGGUAAAUCUUUCCGCUCCCGGGAUUGGAAUGACUCUUUACCCUCUCCCUUAAAACCCACAUCCUUUCGUCUUUCCCUCUCCUUCCCUCUUUCCUGAUGAAGCAACCGUUGGUUGCGAAAGCUUGAAUUUUGUGUGUAUGUUUGUGUUUGUUUGUGUGUGUGUCUAUCAACAUGCCAGUGCUUUCGUUUGAUAAGUUACAUCAUCUUUGUUUUUAGAUAUAUUUUUCCCACGUGGAAUGUUUCCCCCCUAUUAUAUUCAUGCUGUUAUAAAAUGUUAUUUGUGACAUAUUCUACUGGUCAGUGUUUCAUUAAUUAUGGAGACACACAUUAUUUUAUAUAUAAUCCAGAACUGUAUAUUACCAUAUAAUCCAGAAUUGUAAACAUCAGUGUAAAGCUUGAGUUUGUUUGUUGGUUGUUACAACAAAUUAAUGAGUAUGAAUAAUAUUGUGAAUGUUUCCUAUCUGCCAAACUGUUUACAGUUAAUACAACUUCUCUCUGUUGCUAAAAUACAAAGAAUAUCAGUAUUAUAUUUGUCGAUGACUGAACAAAAGGAACUUAUUUUAAAUUACUGAAAAUAAAUGUUAUUUAUUUGUAUUUUUGCUGACUGAAAAUCAGCUCACUUCAAAGAUUUGUAAAAGAUUCAGCAUGA